UAAAAACCAUCAGGUAUUCACGUCUCGUCUAAAACAAGGACUGAGAAAUAUCUAACUGUUGUUUCCUACUAUUUUUCAUCUUCCUAUGAAUAACUGACAAGUUAUGUUCUCUUGAAUCGAGAUAACAAUAGUAAUGGCACUCUCGAAGCCUGAAAACCUCAGUCGAAUUCAAGCCGCAGAGGAAACCGCACGUCUCAUAGACGAAAUGCGGUCCAGCGAACUUACGUAGUAAAUUACAUGUGAGCCGUGUAGUGUGUUAAAUGAAAAAUGGAUAUCAACUAUUGGAUUGUUUUAUUUUUAGCUAAUUUAUUUAAGGAUAUAUCUUCAAGCGGCGAUGUUCAUAGGAGCAACGUCAUCGAAAGAUUUUAUAGUGCUCCGAAUGAAAACGGGGUUUGCCAAAACGCGACCACGCUGCUGUCAGAUUUAAGAUCUACUAAGACUCGUCAUAAGAGAAGCUUGCAAAUGAUCUUAUCGCAGUACUUCAGUGAGACAACCGUCACACCAGGAGUUGACGUAAACUUUCAAUGUACUGUGAGCGGACCGCAUCCAUCAAAACUUGUGUGGGAGAGAGACGGUUUGGUUAUAUCUUCCAACACUGAUUCGAGAUACAGCAUAGGUCAAACCAUGACAGCGGACGGGAGCGUAACCACGCAACUGAACAUAUCACACGCGAGGGUCGAAGAUGGAGGACUCUUCUCCUGUGUCGCUCAUCACGCCGACAAUAGCAUAGCUCACCAUGACAGACUUAAUGUAUACGGUCCUCCGUAUAUAAGAACUCUGCCGCCACUGAAGGUUCAAAGCGGACAGAGCGUGACACUUCGAUGCCCCUACUAUGGGUACCCAGUUAGAGAAAUUGCCUGGGAAUUCAAAGGGAAAGAAAUAAUAGCGGACACAACGACACAAACAAAUCGCUUCAAAAGAUUCACGAACCACACGAGCUUCAGUAAAGAAAUUUACGGCCGAAAACCAAAAUUAAGAGGAAGAAGACAAUCUCCGACAAUAACUGAUGGGAUCCUCAAGAUACCAAAAGUUUUUAAGAACGACAACGGUGCUUUGUACUCGUGUAUAGUGAAGAGUCCGUCUGGCGAAAUGGCCAAGAGGUCCUUUGAACUGCUUGUGGUUGAGGCUCCUCAGCUAGAAGAAAUCAUGCUGGCUCCGGACCUUCACGAAGGCCAAAUAGUCCAGAUACACUGUAAUCUAAAAAGCGGUGAUUCACCCGUUUAUUAUUCUUGGCUGAAAGAUGGGAAGAAGAUACCUGUCAAUCUAAAGAUCGUCGAAAGGAGUCUGGAAGUUUUCAGUGUACUCAUAAUCAAGAAUGUGUCUUUGGAACACUGCGGGGCGUACACGUGCGUCGCCGCCAAUCACGUCGCCAAAGUAAACAAAACGGUCAACUUGUACAUAAAAGUCGCACCGAAGUGGAACGAAGAGCCGCAGAACACUUCGCUAUUGCUCGGUAGAAACGGUCACGUAUGUUGUAGCGCCAACGGAUACCCUGAGCCUCAAACGCAUUGGCUCAAAAAAGACAUUGUAUCCGAAACUUGGAGACCAGUCUUGGAAAUAGCCGGCGGUGGUGUAUUAAGCUUGUCAAACGGAUCUUUGAUCUUUGAUUCGGUGGCUCUCUCUGACGCUGGUUUGUAUAAUUGUCAUCUCGAGAAUGGUGUUGGGGAGCCACUUAGCAAAACCAUUUGGAUAUCUGUCAAUAAACCGGUAACUUUUGAGGCAGCCUCAAGGAAUUUGACGGCAAAACUUGGUCAGCAAGUUUCAAUAGAAUGUUUAGCAAAAGGUGACGAUCCUAUUAGAAUCACUUGGACCAGAAACGGGAAGCCAAUCAAUCCACUCACUCAAAGGGUUAGAAUAUCUGAAGUGAAGACAGAUGAUGGAGUAACUAGCGUACUUGAGUUGAUACAAACUGAGACGACAGAUGAUGCCUUAUAUCAGUGCAGAGCUGGGAAUCCGUAUGGAGCCGACGUGUUUAGCGUUCACCUAACUAUCUUAGAACCUCCAGCUCCACCGACGGAUUUAUCCGUAGACUUUGUAAAGAGUAGAUCCGUAAAGCUGUCUUGGAGGGACAGUGCACGAUCUUUGGCUCAGUUUUACAGUUUACAAAUCGGGAACACGCAGAGAUUAUCUUGGGGUACUGCAAGAGUUAUUAAUGUUACCAGGUUAGAUGAAAUCCGGCACGCGAUUGAGGUUGUAGACCUCACACCGGCUACCGGCUACAGCGCUCGUGUUGCUGGAGGUAAUCAGGCGGAUCUCAGUCACUACUCGCUUCCAAUACGAUUUACUACCACAGAAGAAGCACCAUCCUCGCCACCAUUAGGAGUUCAGUUAGAACAGACUGAUUCACCAGGGGAGUUGAUGGUCAGGUGGCUUCCGCCACCAGCUGAUUCUCACAACGGACAAGUUUUAGGAUAUCGAUUGAGAGCUGUUCCACAAAUCAGUGGACUCAAAGAGAACGAGGAAAAAAGUGACAAGACAAUCAAAACUGCGUCUUUAUAUGCAAAGCAAGAAACUAUCCUCUCUGGUCUGCUAAAAGGCGUGAGGUAUGCGGUCUCAAUAGCGGCCUACAACAACGCAGGCACUGGCCCUUUUUCGGUGCCCUUAUUUCAAGAUACAAGAGAAGGAGCCCCAGAAGACGGUCCUACAUCAGUGGAGUGCGGAGGGGUGACAUCUACUGCUUUGAGGGUCAGCUGGCAACCUAUCCCACCUCACAAGCAAGCCGGAGCUCUUAUAGGGUACAUAGUACUAUAUGCCGUUCAAGGACGACAUUGGCUGAAUUCCACAUCCCUAGUGACGGAACUGCGCCUCCAAGGUUUGCUCAAAUACACCAACUACAGUAUUAAAGUGGCCGGAUUCUCGAACUACGGACUUGGCCCGUUUUCAUUCCCAAUUAUCUGCUCCACCUUACAAGACGUGCCUGAUGCACCAGCUGAAAUUAAAUUACUCUCCCAAUCAUCCGCCACUCUGCUCGUCAGCUGGAAGAAGCCAAAACAACCUAAUGGACGGCUGCUGUACUAUACAGUUUACUGUAAGGCUACUGCCAGUAACGAUGGACCUCAACAAAUUCGAGUCGACGCCCAAACAAAUUCGGAAGCUUAUGAGAAAUCACAAACCUUGGAGUUGAAAGGCCUCGUUGAAGGUCGGCAGUACGAUGUAUGGGUCACGGCUAGUACUGCAGCAGGAGAGGGUCCGGAGACCAGAAGAGUUACAAGUACUCCAUUACAAAGAGUUGUGGCAGGAGUGGCUUCUCUAGGAGGAGAAAUAACAGUGGCAGUAAGAAACUCCCUGCUUCUGGAGUGUAAAAGCGUCGGAUCGCCCCCGCCGAGGAAGGUUUGGUAUCACAACCAGAACAUCAUCACUCACCACCCAAGAUUCACGAGGAAUAGAGAUGACAGUUUGUUGAUCAAAAGUAUAGACCAAGCUCUAAGCGGUAAUUACACAUGUCUAGCCAAAAACCUGUACGGUUCGGAUUCGGUUGUGUAUACAGUAAAAGUUCUACCCCUGCCUGAUCCUCCAGCUUUGCGGGCCACCCCGUACAAGGAUUACAUUGUACUAGAAUGGGACGAGACGAAGGAUCACGAGAACGAAUCCAGUUAUGGAGUCAGUUACAAUUUGACUUGGCGUGAAGUCGAAGGUCCUUGGCAAGAAGCUUGGCCAGCAGCAAGGGAAACCAGAAUUAAUGGCGUUCACCAGCAUACUUUAACUGGUUUGAAAUGCGGAACUAAGUACAGUAUCAGGGUCACGGCCACUGAUGCAAUAGGUACUUCUGCACCAGCACACAUCGACGUCACCACUUUAGGGGGAGCUCCUAUAUCUCCGUUGUCAAACGACUGGCUUUGGAGUAACGCGUCGCAUAUAUACAUUCAGCUGAGUGGUUGGGACGACGGCGGUUGUGACGUCACCAGAUGGGACGUCGAAUACCGACCUUUUGGCUCUAACACGUGGCGUAGGACUGAGAAUAAAGCGUCCAUGGACAUGAACCUCGGAUGGAGUUACAUGGAAGGACACUACCAAGCUCCACCGCUGCGAUCCAUUCCAUCUUCGUACGCGGUCGGCUCUCUCAUUCCCGCCAGUUGGUACGAGCUGAGAGUGACUGCGAUAAACGAUGCCGGAGCCGCCUCUGCUGUGUACACGUAUGCGACCAAGACCUUGGACGGCGAGGAAGUGGGCCCUCCCUUGGAGUUUUUCGACCUGAACAUGCUAGUCAUCGUCUGCAGCUCGAUACUACUCGUCGUGUGUCUGCUGGCGUUUUUCUGUAUACUACUAAAGAGGCAUAGGCAAAACUACGCCUCCCAGUAUCGACACUCGAUUGCUGAGGAAGUCAAGUCCAGAAACGAGAGUGUCGCCUCGCAUUCCGAACACAAGGACAGAUACGCUCAGGCUCCAAGAAUCUAUACCUCGCCUGUGCAAAUCCGCAAGGGUAGCAAAAAUGAAAUGUUCGAGAUAAGUCCUUACGCCGAGUUUGCCUUGGGUUUCCGGACUUUUGACCACGUUGAGAACCAGGAUCUGCCAAGCAGGCUUCCCAGUAGACCAAGGUUUGAUACAGAAACGAGCUUUCAAAAUCGCUCCGAAUCUGACGACAGCGACAGCACUUCGAAAGCUACCGUCACCGCGAUACCGAGACGACAUUGUCGUACUCCACACCAUAGGUAACAACGAGAAACGACCUCACGACACUAAAUCGCCGAAUAACUUAUUUUAUCUCAAACUGGACCGGAUCCAUUGGCGCUGCAAUCAAUGUCCCGAUUUUAACAAAAUUCUCUAUGGAAAUAUUUUGAACCGUGGGAAUGUUUAUUAGUUAAUUUUCAUCCCACUGCUGGACACGGAUCAUAUUUUCGUAGUCAAAAUAUUGUUAAUAAAAUAGGAGUAACUGUAGCGAUUUAUACAAUAAUUAUAUUCGAUAAACUUUAUUUUGUAUGUAAGUGAAAUUAAGUAAUUCAGUACUUAAAUUACAUUCGGGAUAAGUAGUAAUUAUAAUUUUAUGUAAAAGCAUAUCAAUGAUGAUUAACUAGUAUUAUAUUAAAUAAUUUUACGAAAGAACCAAAUAAGAUUGAAUGUUGCUUAAAUGGACGUGGUUAUGCAGAAAUGAUUAAUUUUUUUUAAGGGAAAGCUAAAAAUGCGUCUGCCACAAGUAGGUAGGUAUCAGUGCAAAGAGCAGCGUACUUAAGGCGUGGUUACAUUAAAUAUAAAUAAGAAAAAGCAUCUCUAUAUAUAAAAAUGAAUUGCUGUUCGUUAGUCUCGCUAAAACUCGAAAACGACUGGACCAAUUUGGCUAAUUUUGGUCUUGAAUUUUUUGUGGAAGUCCAGAGAAGGUUUAAAAGGUAGAUAAAUAUGAAAAUGCUCGGAAUUAAAUAAAAAUGACAAUUUUGCUUUCCCUUUGAUGUCCCCCGUCCUACGGAUUCCUUUUGUUUGUUUUAUGUUUAUUUUAUACAAAGUUUAGGUCUUUUACUUAUCGAUUGAGGCACUACGAAGUCUGCCGGGUCAGCUAGCCUUCUAAUAAAAAUAAAACCCACAUUACUAAUUCCGCUAUUCCUGAUUCUAUUAUCCUAGCUAUUUCUGCCGAAAAUCGUCCAUGUACUCUCCGAUAAAAUAAAAUAAAAACAGUUAAAUUUUAGCCUCUAAAUUUUAAAAGCUACUAAUGGAGAUAAUAAGCACUCCUUUCGUGCGAGAAAAGGUGCUCAGGACCGGGCGAGUAAUGUGUGGUAAUCAUACUCACGAGCGCUCAUAUUUGAUCAUAGACAUUACAUUUUACUGCCUCUCCGCCUUCAUACGUGGGCUAAUAAAAAUUUAAUAAAAAAAAACACUUUGACAUCAUUCUUGCAUAAUCCCGUCCAUGGUAUAAAUUGUUCGGUGUCCAAAUUUCGAAAUAUGUUUAAUAACUCAAAAACACCAUAUCUUUAUCUUAUUUCCAUAUUAUAUUUAUUAUAAGACUGAUAUUUUCUAUUAUAUAAGUAUUUUAAAAGUACUCAUUUCGUAUUUUAUUAUACUAAAUACAUAUAUAACAAUGAUACAAAUGUCUCUACCGGUCGUUUAAGAUUACGGAAUUUACCAAUAUUUUGUUCAUUUAUUAAACUUUUAUAAAUUAUGACCGAAAUAACUCUAUGAUCGAAAUAACUGACUGCAAACUCACUAAAUACUUUGAUUAUUUUGCUUAUCUGCUUCCUAAAUUGAUAUGGAUGUAAUAAGUGUACUUAGUGUGCGCAUUUAAAAUAAAUAAAUAAAACAAAAUGGCGGAUAGUCCAAUAUUCUAAAUUAAUCAGAGACGUAAUCCCAUUUAUUUAUCAGCUUAAGAUCAUUCAAUGGUAUUUCGUCAUAAUCUACGAACAAUAAAAUUGACUACAACUGUUAUUUAUGAUCAAAAUAAGCCUUUUUUUUUCAAAUAAUAAUGUUAAUUUUAAACGCCCAACGAAGCGGACGGGUACAGCUAGUAAUAUUAUGAAGCUGAAGAGUUUGUUUGUUUGUUUGAACGCGCUAAUCUCAGGAACUGCUGGUCCGAUUUGAAAAAUUCUUUCAGUAUUAGAGAGCCCAUUUAUUGAGGAAGGCUAUAGGCUAUAUAACAUCACGGUAAGACCAAUACAAGUGGAGCACCGAUAAAGAAUGUUUCUUCAAGAAUGUAAAUGAAGUGGGGGGUAAAAUUUAGCGUUAUGCUAAAGUAACUAUUCCACGCGGAUGAAGUCGCAGGCAAAAGCUAGUAGUCUAUAAAACUAUUGAUAUUGGACAUUUUACCUUUUAUUUGCGAACACAAAUUCAUGCAGUUUGAAACUAUUGAAAGCAAGAGUUGAAACGGUAAAAGUAGUUUAAAUUAUUAUAUGUUCAUGACUCUCAAAAGUCGAAGAAGAAACUAUUAAAACUUCCGUAAUAAUAUUAACAAUAUCAUAACAAAAAGUCCGAUGCCAAAAUCUUUGGCUUAAACCACAACAUGCACAAGACUAUAUUCAUUAAAUACGAUGUGGACACAAAUUAGAAAGAAAUGUACUGUCUACAAUUACCGGCCAUGAGCUGUUUAAUUAUGCCAAAUUAAAGACUUUUAGUGAUAAUAUUUAAUUUAUGCUAGUACCAAAUAAGUGUUUGCUCAACUUACCAUUGAAUUACUGCCAAAUUUAAUUAGUCCGAUUGUUGUGUGCUUAAAUUAUUAUUUGAUAUUAGGGCGUCUUUGAUUGCAACUAAUCGAAUUGUAUCUAGUCUAAUUUGAUCACAUUGAUUGAGUAUGCACGGUAUAGAGAUGCAUAAUUAGCAGAAAAAUUGUGAACAUGCGAAUGGAAAGAAAAAUAAUUAUUCUGAAUUCGUUUCCUUUUUCUAGAUUCAUUAAUUGAACAUCACCAUUGAAAUUAUCGUUUUUUUUUUAAAUCUAGUCAUAGUAUUUAUAUUAAUUAAAUAGGAAGUUAAAGAUAAAUGAUUAAGUAAAUAGUUUAAUGUGAAUAAUAAAGGUUUGGGAUAUUAAA